AUCAAAAACCAAGCCAACGUUGGUGGCGGCUUGUUGUGUAUCUAUUAAUUAAUUUGAUUUUUUACUAAAUAAUUAUUUUUAGUACCUUCUUUUCAGGAAGGAUGUAUCGAAUUGCUGGUAUGGCAGAAUUCGAAGUGGAAAAAAAGCGAUCUAGAAAUUCGUGGCAACAUAAAUUGUACAAAUUUUGUUAUAAUGAUGAUACGGGAGCAUUUCUUGGACGAACCCCUCAAAGUUGGUGUAAAAUCCUUCUCUUCUACUUCAUAUUCUAUGCAGUUCUGAUAGCCCUGUUUGCCAUCUGCAUGGUGACCUUCCUGCAGCAUUACAUAAACCCUCGCGUGCCACGUCUGCAGCAAGACUACAGCCUCAUCGGCACCAGCCCUGGGCUCGGGUUCAGGCCACUGCCCCCGGAUGUGAGGAGCACCCUGAUUUAUUACAAGGGCUCAGAUUAUGAAAACUACAAGUACUGGGAAAAUGAAUUGAUUGAUUUUCUUUCUGUGUAUAAGAAGAAGGGACAGACGGCGGGCGCUGGCCAGAACAUCUUCGACUGCGACUUCAACAAACUGCCGCCGCCCGGGAAGGUCUGCGACGUGGACGUCAGGGAGUGGGAGCCCUGCAUACAGGAGAACCAUUUCUCCUUCCACAAGUCUUCCCCGUGUAUCUUCUUGAAGCUUAACAGAAUUUACGGCUGGCGGCCGGAGUUCUACAACGAGACGGACUCCCUGCCCGCAGACAUGCCCCACGAGCUGCAGGUCCACGUGAGGAACAUCAGCUCCAGCCUCUACAGGAACUAUGUGUGGGUCCAGUGCUACGGGGAAACCCCAGCGGACAAGGAGAACAUAGGCCCCAUCAGAUACCUGCCUGGCCCGGGGUUUCCGGGGUACUUCUACCCGUACGAGAACGCCGAGGGGUACCUCAGCCCUCUUGUGGCGGUCCACCUGCGGAGGCCUAAGACUGGAAUAGUGAUUAACAUAGAAUGCCGCGCCUGGGCGCGCAACAUCAAGUACGACAGGAGAGAGAAACAGGGAGUCGUGCAUUUUGAGCUCAUGAUCGAAUAAUGUAUGUAUUUAUACAUUUUGCUUGUACACCUUGAAGAUAUCAUAGACCAAUUUAGUACUGUAUAUGAAAUUUUCGCGUCGAACCACCGAAAUUUAAUUAAUAAGACUGCUUGUGUAGUUUGCAGCAAGCAAUAUUGAAUUUGGAAAUAUAUUUUUUAACAUUUGCUUUAUCGUAGUAGCUUACAAAGAGUAGAAAACGGUUUUUUAACGAACUAAAUUUUUUUGCCAUUCUGUUAUCACAUCUAAAGCCGCGGAUACACUACGGAACAUUUGACGCGCAACAUAUCGCCCUCUCUCACUCAUUUCCAUUAACUUGUGUGAAAUAGCACAUCGUCGAUCACGCUCAUGUAAAUCGCAGUGAAAAGGAAAGAACGAUAACGUUGCACGUCAAAACUAAAUAUUCCCAAAUGUAUUCCUGGUUUAAUUGGCAAGAAUGGUUGAUAACCAACCAGUGUUGCCGGCCAAGAAAAAACUGCGCUUUCAUUUUUAUAUUAAGAUUCAUUUUUAGAUUUCUAUUAAGACCAACUGUAUAUUAUAUACAGGUCGUUUAUUUUAAAUAUAUAUAUAUAUUAUCCGGUAUUAUCCGGUAGAAGUUAAGAAUCUGGCACUUGUAGAAUUUAUGAAUUUCAAUAAUGAAUCUCGAAUAAUUUUUUGAUGCAUUUUAUAUCUUUAUGAAGACUUGAACGCAUUUCCAUUAUGCUAAGCUAAUUCUAUUUCGUCACACGUCCGAGCCAUUUGUAGUAAGUAGGUUUUGGAAGCUAGAAAUAUUAUUUUGAGCGUCAGGAUUGUAGACGAUAAUCUAAUUGUUUUGGUCAGGGUAGUUGCCUGUGUAUAAAAUAAAAUAAAAUUUACAAAUACAUUCACAUAUUGCAAAGUUUCGACGGCGACUUUUAAGGUAACGAUAAUCAAAUGUCACUUUAAUCGACCAGUUUCAUGUAUAGUACCUACAUUACAUUUAGUAUUUUUUUUUUGUUCUCAUUAUAGUAUAAUUAAAACGCUUUUUGACAGCAACGUUUGUGACGUCACUUGUGCCCACUGUCAUACUAACCCCAUAAUAUUUAUUUUUUGUUUUUGACACCAUGUAAAAAAGUAACUGUAUUGACUUUAUGGCAAUUACCCUAUUGGACAGUCUUAAUCAAAAAAACGUUGCCAAACAUAUUUCUAGUUCCCAUUUUAUUUUUUUUAUACAAAGUCUUAUUAUGUUAUUAAGAAUAUCCAAUGCAAUGUGUAGUUUGAGUGUUAUAAUUAUGGAAAUUGUAUUUUUAUUAGUCUUAUACUUUUUAUAUAACAUAUUUUUUAGUUUAUUGUAAUUAUUUUAUUGUAAUGUACAUUUUUUAAAACGGGCAGGCUUGAGAAUACAAAAAAUUCAGCUUUUUGUUUUUAAACUUUAAAAAUGCACGAAAUUUUUCUUUUCGCAUUUGUGAGAAAAAAAUAAAUAAAAUUAACUUGAUAUUAUUUACAUAUUACGUAAAACGAUAAUAAGAAUUUUGCUGUUGAUUCCAAAAUGAAAAUCGUUUUUUUAUUUGUCUAUUUUCACAUUUAUUUAGGUACUUACUUGAUUAUAAAAUAUUACUUAUUUGAAUUUAUCACUAUUUUUAUAUUAAUGGAAUUUUUUAUAUAUACAUAUAAUAAUUUUUACACUUUUCUUUUUUACGAUAAAUAUAACUGAUAAUUAUGAUUAUAAGACUUCGGUCUAAAAACUUGUACCGUCCAUAUUUAACAUAUAUCUAAGACUGAUAUUUUUGUAAGAAAUAAAAUCAUGUCGUGCUUAUUAUAACCUCAUAUAAUAUUAUAACUGUCUAUAGUUUUGUGUGGCAGCUAUCUAUAAAAUUGGUUACAGCAAUGUAAUUAUUAUUGUAACAGAUACAUACUUGUGUACUAUGUUCACAAAAAUCGUGAUAAAUAAAAAAAAAAAUAUUACUAUUUUUUAUGGAACAUCUUUUUAUAUAAAUCUAAACCCCAAUACUUUAUUUAAACUAACCGGUGUAACGUGACCAGUUUACAAAUUGAAUAAUCCCAUGGGUUUACAAAACCAGUUUUUCGUUUAUAUUUUACUUGGUAUUCAUACAUAAAAUAUAUUGUUAAAACUCCCUUAUCGAGCACCGUAAGUCUUCUUUAUGUUCAUAUCAAAAUGUAUAUCGAAACUAAAUAAUUAUCGUAUCUCAUUUCGAAUUUGUGUUUACUUUUUAAUAAACUUUAAUAAUGACAUAGGUAUACAUUGCUGGUUUUUCAUUGCGGUAAACAUAAGCUCUCAUACAAAUUACGCAAUGUUUAAGCAUCCGUGAGAGUCCGGCGAUAGUUUGUAGCCGACAUAAUAAAAAUCCGUCCGAAAAAUGCCUUGUACUUUUAAUAUUAUAAUAGUAAGUAGACGUAAACUUGUGUGCCUCGAAUAUUAUGUAAGAAAUAAAAUGAAAAUGUUUUCAAUA